GGCAUAUUCUGUAGGAAUUCUGAUUUCUUUUUAACGGCCACGUUCGUCACCAGAAAGCGCCAAGCAACUGCGAUCCGAUCCUUUCAUAUCUCAAAGAAGACGCCACCAUCCAUCACCACUCCCAUAUCAACUGUUUCAAAAUCCCCGGUUUCUCCUGGGUGGUUAAAUAACAAGCACAAUCAUGAAUCGGCUCACGAGUUCUGCACGCCUCAUGAUCGUCUCAGAUCUUGAUCAUACCAUGGUUGAUCAUCAUGAUCCUGAAAACCUCUCUAUUCUAAGGUUUAAUGCUUUAUGGGAAGCUAAAUAUCGUCAUGAUUCAUUGCUUGUAUUCUCAACUGGAAGAUCACCUACACUAUACAAGCAGUUGAGAAAAGAAAAGCCCAUGUUAACCCCUGAUGUUACCAUAUUGUCUGUGGGAACUGAGAUAACAUAUGGUAAUGCAAUGGUUCCAGAUGAAGGUUGGCUUGAUGUUUUGAAUCAUAAAUGGGACAGAAAGAUUGUAACAGAAGAAACAAGCAAGUUCCCUGAACUUACUCUUCAGUCUGAAACCGAGCAACGGCCUCACAAAGUUAGCUUCAAAGUUGAGAAAGAAAAGGCUCAAGAAGUAAUGAAAAAUCUUUCUGAAAUUCUUGUAAAACGAGGGUUAGAUGUGAAAAUAAUAUAUAGUGGUGGGAUGGAUUUGGAUAUACUACCCCAAGGUGCUGGAAAAGGACAAGCACUUGCUUAUUUGCAUAAAAAGAUGGUAGCCGAGGGGAAAUUACCAAAAAACACCCUGGCUUGUGGAGAUUCUGGGAAUGAUGCUGAGCUGUUCACCAUUCCAGAUGUACAUGGUGUCAUGGUCAAGAAUGCACAAGAAGAACUAUUGCAGUGGUAUGCUGAAAAUGCCAAAAAUAACCCUAUGAUUAUACAUGCAGAUGAAACAUGUGCAGCUGGUAUUAUACAAGCAAUUGGUCAUUUUAAGCUUGGACCAAACACAUCACCCAGAGACCUACCCUUACCUGACCUUUUCAAGUUGGACGAUUUUGACCCUGCAUAUGAAGUAGUCAAGUUUUACUUGUUUCUUGAGAAGUGGUUUCGUGGUGAUAUUGAGAAUCCUGAACAAUAUUUGGAGAAUUUGAAAGCAGUUUGUUCUUCAUCUGGUUCUUAUUUUAGUCCAUUUGGUGUUGAGCAAUCUCUUCAUGAAGUGAUUGGUAAGCUAGAAGAAUGCUAUGGGGAGAAAAAAGGGAAAAAAUUUCGAAUUUGGGUUGAUCAAGUUUUCCCUUCUCAGCUUGAUUCAAACACAUGGCUCGUGAAGUUCAAGAAGUUGGAGCAAUCUGGUGAAGAGCAAAUGUGUUGCUUUACUACAGUUAUACUGAGUUCAAAGGAUGUGAAACCUUCACAAGGGCUGACUUGGGUGCAUGUGCACCAAACAUGGAUGGAUGGAUCAACGAGUGAUGACAAAAAUUGGUUUCUUUAAGGUUUUAUGCCUUUCCCGCCUUUGACCUAUCUUAGAUAUAUAUAUAUAUAUAUGUUUAUCUUUGAAAAUAAAUGUAGUAAGUUGAAUCUUGUAUUAAGAAGGAAUGGUUGUUUAGGCCAUAAAUACCAAAUAAUAUGAUUUCUUCCUUUUUCAUGUUCA